CCCAAUCGCCUGCCUUGCUUCUUGCCUUGGAAACCACACAAGCACAACCUACCACAAGCCAGUCACAAAGUCACAAAAGCUUCAACUCACUCUCAACGUCCACACCACCAACAACCACACAUAGCACCAACCACCGUCUCUCUUUGCACUUUCCUUCUCCUCCCUCCUCCCUCCUUUCCUUCUGCCAGUCUCCCAGUCUCCCAGUCCUGCUCUCGCUCCCUCCUUACCUAGGUAGUGUGGCUGGACUGACUUCACUGCCCAUCGGCUGUGCUGUGUCUUGCACUCUCUUAUGUAGACUCUUGCACUCUACGCUCCACUACACGUCGCUCGUAGCCUGUUGCAGUGUCGCCUUCUUGCUUCUGUUGCUCCCCUUUGUGCGUGCUUGCUCCCUUCUUGUCUCUCCUUUCCGUUUUUGUUCUCCCUUUGCUCUCCUUUUCUGGCGCACACCUCCAGACCUCCCUGCUCGGUUGGUGUUUUCUCUUGCUCUCUCCCCGUUCCGGUUCCCGCCACCACCACCAGCCUUCUACCUUCUUCCCACCCCCUCUCUCUCCUUCUACCCCUCUGCCAAUCCACCACCAACCCCACCAUGCCAAAGAAGAAAGGGAAGGGAAAGAAGAAGGGAAAGAAGGGAAAGAAGUCUGCUUCCUCCGCCGACCCACUACUGCUGCGCAUGCAGCAGAUCAUCGAUGACACAGCGUCGCGCAAACGAGACGAGAGCCUUCUGUCUGUGGAAUGGCUAGAGCCCUGUCGCGAAUGGUUCAAGGAGAAUGUGGCCCGCGUCUUUGAUGAGCUUCGUGGCGUCGACAAGAUUGGAAGUGGAUCUGUGUCUGUUGAGGAGGCUGUGGACGUGUUCACGCAGUUUGGACACAGCAAGGACAACAUGGAGACGCUUGCCAUUGCCAUGGACUUGCAGGACAACGGCUCUGUCGACUACUGCGCACAACCCAAAAUCAACAAGUGCUACGGCGGUGGCUUGCUGGAGCUUGUUGACACUGGCCUUGAGCGCAUAUUGGUCGGACAGCGUCAGGAGCUUGCCGAUAUAGAUGCAGAACACAUUCGAGAGAAGGAUCUGCUGAAGUCCCUUGGCGUCAAGUCGUACCGAUUGUACAAGAAGACAGGCGAGAUGCCGCAGGCACCAGCCGCGCCUGCUGUGCCUGCAGAGACGGGAGACGGCGGCGGCGGUGAAGACGACGACCUCGACCUUGAUCUGGACGAUGACUUGGAUGCUGCGGAUGAUGGUGAUGAAGGUGAUGAAGGUGAUGAUGAUGGUGGUGAUGAUGGUGGUGAUGGGGGUGAUGACGAUGAAGGUGGUGAUGACUGAUGUGGUAGGUAACUUGUGACGCUUUGCUUGUUUGCGUACUUUUUCAACCCAAGUUCGUCUGUUCACUUCCCUUUUCGCUCCCAGCCUUGCUUUCUUCGUGACACCAUCUCACGUGUGUUUCAUAUUGAAAGCAAUUCAUUGUGUAAAAAAGACCAAACCCC